CCGUGUUGCACUAAUAUGCCACUCGACCUUCGUCCGUUUCGUUUAUUCUUUUUUCCUCUCCUCCCCCGCUUUUUUUUCAUUACAAUUCCCACCUAGGUAUUCCUGGGUCCAGAAUAGCGCACGCACUGCUGCAACUCCACCAUAACCAUUCAGUGAGACCUCGGUAAAAAAUGUUCCGAUUAUUCAGAUCGAUUAUUUAUAUUUCCCCAGUCCGCAAUUCGCGGCAAAAAUCCGUCCCUGCGUCGCGACCAGAAGUUUAAAAUUCAUCUCCAGGGUACUCCGAUCCCUCUCGAUAACGCCGCGAUGAGAUAACUCGAUCUCGCGAUAAGCCCGAAUGCAGUGCCCGCGAUCGUCACGUCCGCGCAAUCCUCGCGGAUAACACGUCCAAUAAAGCGCAGCAUUUCCGGGCAAUAUCGCCCCGAAUUCGUGAUAAUCACGGCGUCCGAUAUCUCAUCUCUCCAGGGACAAAAGAAGAAGGAAAUAUAAAUAACCGCGGUACGGCGUCGCAGGAGCGGCAUCGACGAUCGAUCCGGAAGUCAUGUAGGUCGUCGGAGGCCGAUUGCCUAAUUUAAAACGCAUUGAACUUGGCCGUUAACGUAGUCGAUAAGCUAUCAUAAAGCGCAUUCAGGGCGGCGUCCGUCACCGGUAAAGCAGUUACCCGUGUCGGAAAGUUAGGCAACUCCCCCGGGUGGAGGUGCCUCUUUUGUUCCCCGCCAGAGAACGCGUACGGUGGGGCGUGCACGCAUAAGCCAGAGUACAAUUCAGCAUACAUUCCAAGGGCUCGUGACUUAACAGAGUAUGAGCGAUAUCUGCUAUCGUUAGAUCAUAAUAAGGCCGAUUAAUCGACCUCGCGAAUUUCGAAGGUAGACGCGCUCAGUACCGUCAGCUGUGCGGCCGUGAAGGUCGCACCUCCGGCUCGAAUCCCGGCGGUGUCUGAGCGUUGCGGGCGAUCCCUACUUUUACCGACCCGCCGGUAGUGGAUUUCGAUAGCAACAGAUCCGACAGAUCCGUCACCGAGUGGCGGUACGUACAUACAGAGUCGGCCCGGCUACGCAGCUCGCAGUUUCGCGGCUCGUUGUCCGACGAGUUCCCAUAUCCGCGGUUAUCAUCUGACGUGACGCCCCACCGGUUUUCGAGGUUCCGAGUGAUAGGAAGUAAACACUACCAACGACAUGUCGCGCGUCUGCUUCGGCCGGAUUUCUUCUCGCUACAGGGCCGUCCAAGUUCCUCCGAUUCGGCGCUUCUGCUCCGUAAUCACUCCGCCGUAUUCGCUGAGAAACGCCAGAUGCGACGUCACCCGGGAGUUCCGCAGAUUCGCCUCCAGCCUGCUGAGGCUCAGCGAGGACAACGUCGUCAGCAGCGGCUUCUCCGACGUAGAAGGUUUCGAAGAGAGGCUGAUCCAUGAGCUCGUCUGGGAGAACCUCGACAAAUGGCCGGAGAAAGUUGCGAUGGUGUGCGCCGCCACGGGGAGGUCUUACACGUACAGCCAAUUGCGCAAAUACAGCAGUAGAUUGGCCUCAUCUUUUCGCAAACUCGAGCUUCACCCGGGCUCGACUAUCGCCCUCGUGAUGCCCAACAUCCCGGAAAUGGUCAUCGCCAUUUUCGCGGCGAGCAAAGCCGGCCUUUGCAUAACUCCACUAAACCCGGCGUUCACUGCCCUAGAACUGAGAUCAGUUUUGGAAAAAUCUAACGCAUCGGCAGUCGUCACGAGUUCCACUAAAUUUCCUACAGUUGCGACGUCCAUUGACAAUAUGGCGAGUAUGAAACUACGACCGAUCGUAGUCGACGAUGGAAGUACCCCGCUGUCGUCCGACUGCAUAUACUUCAAGGAGCUGAUUCACGGUGACAUCGAGGAGUACAUGAAAGUUGAUAACACCCCGGCUAAUUACGAAGAUACCGCAAUAUUACCCUUUUCCAGUGGAACUACUGGGUUGCCGAAAGGCGUCGAACUUUCACACAGGAAUAUCGCCGCAAACGUUUACCAAACCUCUCACGAGGGCGUGGAGGUAGGAAUAGAAGCCACGGGGAUGUUUCAGGACGUUAUUCCCCUGAUUUUACCCAUUUUUCAUAUCUACGGACUAGUGGAAUGCUUGAUUAAACAUCUCAGACUUGGCGCGAAAUUAAUCCUCUUGCCGCAAUUCUCGCCGAGCGGUUUCAUAGACAUUCUAGACAAGCAUCAUGCUACUUUGCUGUACUUAGCGCCGCCAUUGAUUCAAUUUUUGGCGAACACCGACUUGGUAAAGAGUAAUCACCUAGAGACCGUUAGACACACUAUCUCUGGAGCUGCUCCAAUUGGGAGGGAAUGCAUCGAAAAAUUUCGCAGCCGAGCAAAUAAGUCUAUGCUGAUUAGCCAAGGGUACGGCAUGACCGAAACCUCGCCCUGUAUUACUUUAAGUAAUAAGGGGAAUUUCGAAUCCGUGGGAUUUGUUGUAUCUAAUACACAGUUACGCGUCGUCGGUGUCGAGGAAGACAAUCUUAAUCGCAAUCUUGGAAUUGAAGAGAUUGGAGAAGUAUGGGUGCGAGGUCCCCAAAUUAUGAAAGGUUACUUUCAAAAUCCCGAGGCAACGGCAAACAUUAUGGAUGGGGACUGGUUUAAAACAGGAGACCUGGGAUACUAUGAUAGUCAAGGUUCGGUGUACAUUAAAGGUCGUCUCAAAGAACUUAUCAAGGUAAAAGGUUUACAAGUGGCUCCAGCUGAAUUGGAGGAACUUAUGCGAGGCCAUGACAAAAUAGAAGACGUUGCUGUAAUCGGUGUGGAGCAUAAGAACUAUGGCGAGAUUCCGAAAGCAUUUGUUGUUCUCAAAGCAGGAGCCAAGGUUACGGAAGACGAGAUAAAAGAUUACGUGGCUCAGCGCGUAGGAAAAUACAAACAGUUAGGAGAUGUGCAAUUUACAAACAAAAUCCCAAAGUCGGCCGCAGGGAAGAUAUUAAGAAAAGAGCUUGUUAAGUUGUAACACCAGUGGCUGACGCCUCCGAAGAUGCCUCCGUUUUUUCCAGCAGGGCACUGCUGAUGCCAGCUUUCUUCAGCUCGUUCACUAAAUCACCAUUUUGAUGCAUUUGAAGAAGUAUAUCGCAACCGCCAACAAAGUCUCCAUCGAUGAACACC